AUGCCUCCCUUCCCCAAGCCCCCCACCUCAGACUCCGCGUCAGCGACCUGGCUCCUCCAAUCCUUCGCAACCGGCAAAGGCGCAAAGAUAACCGGCCCCGCAACCCUCUUCCUCGACCGCGCAAACGCGGAACUCGGCUUCAUCAGAUACUUCACCCCCAACAUCGCGUCCGUUGCGUGGGCGGCCUGGCGCGACAAGAGCAAAAAGGUCUCAGUCCUCCUCUGGGGUGUACAAUUAGACUUGGAGUUUGUGUCACCGGACCGAGCUCGCAGCUUUCUUGACGUGCUAGAGGAUAUUGCGACAGCGGCUGGAAACCACUUCUUCUACAGCUAUGAAGUCCCACAGAAAGUUGCAUUCGUGAAGCCCGACUUCGACAUGGAACAGCAGGGCUUCACGAGCCGGGUUGCGCAGCCUUGGAUGACGGCUCCGGCUGAUGCUUCCGAGUGGCCUCAUCUACGGAAGACGUGCGAGUGGUCGGAUUUCACUGUUAUUGCAGGUGGUAGUGAAUUCCGCGUCCAUCGCGUCAAGCUUUGCAAAGAGUCACACUACUUCAAAGCAGUAUGCAGUGGUGGCUUCGCAGAGACCGCGAAGCAGUCCAUCGAGCUCCCAGAAUCGGCACAAGUCAUCUCAACACUUCUCGAUGAGAUGUACGGCGUCUACAACUCCAUCACUGGUUCCAUCUUCACCAACUUCGCGCUUCGUAUGGAAAUCGAGAAGGAACACAUAAUGAAUCAACUCCUGGAUCUCUCCAUCGCCGCAGAUAAGUACAAUCUCGAGAACAUCAAGCGCCGCGCCGCCGAAGCCAUCAUCGACCGCCUUCCCUUCAUAACCGAUCCUCCCAUGAUCGUCGACCUGGCUACAUGCAUCUACCACGAACAAUGCCCAGAGAAAGACCGUGGACUGCGCAAAGCCAUCAUUGAAUGCGUGAGGAUGAGGAUGCCGGCUAUACUGGAUGAUGAGAGUGCGUGGGAGGAGUUCUCGGAGAACAAGAACGUGCUGAGGGCCUUUCACAUGUUGCAAUGUGAGGCGAGUAAGGGUGGUGGUAUGAUUGCGGGUGCAGGUGGAGGUGGGAUGAUGACGCCGCCUGCUACGCCUAGGUAG